CGAUCAGAGCAAAAGUGAUUUAAUUUUGAAGCAUGUUUUCUUCUCGUGUGGCUAAAUUUGUAUUUCUGUUAUUUUGUGCAAUUCUAUUAUUCUUGUGCGGAUUCUUUGUUUCAAAUGUAUUUUCCCAUUGUAAGGACAGUAAUUUCGAAGAUAAAAGUACACUAUGGCCUUCAAAUGAUAGCCAAUUGAUAUUUGCGCAUGUUCUCUAUCGUCAUGGUCAGCGAAAUACGAACAGUUAUCCUGACCUUUAUCCAAAUGACCCAUAUAUUAAUGAGACUCAUUGGCCUGGUGGAUUUGGAGCACUCACAAAUGAAGGUAAAAGACAACAAUUCAAAUUGGGACAAUACUUCCGAAGGAGAUAUCAUAAACUUCUUGGCGAUAAAUAUUCACCGAAAAAGGUGUACGUGCGUUCGACUAACUCUGAUCGUACCUUAAUGUCAGCACUUGCUAAUUUAGCUGGUUUAUUUCCACCAAACGCUGAAGAGAAAUGGCAUAAGGAUAUUGCAUGGCAACCGAUUCCAGUUCACACAAUGCCUUUGAAUAUGGAAUAUUUAUUGACCUAUGAUCAACCAGUUGAUUGUCCAAGAUAUUCUGCUGCUCUCAAGAAAUACAAAAGUGAGUCACCAGAAGUGCUGCGUAUCCUUGAAGAAAAUAAAGAAAAUAUCUUGUACUGGUCGAAAAUGUGCGGAUCGAAUUUAACCACCAUUGAAAAGAUUGGCCACUUAUAUGGGAUACUCAUAGUUCAAAAGCAACAUAAUAAAACUCUUUCCGAUUGGGCACGAAAAGAAAUCGAACCAAAUGGUGCCUUAGAGUCCAUUGCGUUUUUUCGAUAUAAAAUGAGAUCGAAUACUAGAGAAUUGGCUCGAUUGUAUUCUGGAUUUUUGAUAAAACAGAUGUUUGAACGUUUCGCUCAAAAGAUAAAUUCAACGUUGGAGCCAAAUCGUUCAUUGUGGUUCUACUCAGUGCAUGACAUGACGAUUGCUGGUUUACUGAAUGGGCUCGGACUCUUAAAACCACCUACACCACCAUAUGCAUCAAGUGUACAUUUGGAAUUAUACAAAGUAGAUGAAAAAGAGCAUUAUAUUCAAAUCUUCUAUCGAAAGUCGGAUGAAGAAAUCCUUCUGCCCUUGAAUAUACCGAAUUGCGGGGAGAAGUGUCCGCUGGAUCAAUUGUACAAGUUGUACAAUGAUAUUAUACCUGAUCGUGAUCAUGACACUGAAUGUCGUCUUCCCUAAUUGGGAUAAAGCUUCAAACCCUAUAUAAGAACUUCGAGUAAUUUUUACUGUGGCUCAAUUCAUAUCAAUCGAAUUUCGUUGGAAAUAAUUUGUUAUAUUUUUUUUUACUUAAAAUAAUAAAUUUGACCAUAUUCAUAUA